GACGAGUCUGCGCGUCGGGAGAGGUGCACUCCCCCGGGUGCGGGGGUUGGGGGAGGUAAGAUGGACCCCAACCACCUGUCGGUGCGGGAGAUGCGGGAGGAUGAGAAGCCCAUCGUGCUGGAACUCCUCAAGGAUGGCGUGAAGGACGCAGAGAACCGUCUGGCCCUGCACGCGCUGACCAGGCCCCCGGCCCUGCUGGUCCUCGCCGCCCUGAGUAGCGGCCUUCGCUUCCUCCUGGCCUCCUUCCCCCUGGCCCUCCUCCUGCCUGUGCUGCUGGCCGUGGGGGGCCUCAAGCUACUGCUGCGGAGACGCUGGGGGGCCCUGCCCCCCCUUGGGGACAUGGGGGGGCCCUGGGUGGCGGUGCAGGGCGGGGAGGAUGUGUGCGGAGUGGUGGCCAUGGCGCCCCGGGGCCCCGCGGGGGUGGAACUGACCCGGCUGGCGGUCUCCCGCUGGCACCGGCGCCGCGGCGUCGGCCUGCGCCUGCUGGGGUUCGCGGAGGGCCGGGCCCGGGCCCGGGGCGGCCGGCGGCUCGUGGUGCCCGUGGCCGUAGGGGCCGAGGGAGCCGCCGGACUGCUGGAGGGGAGCGGCUACCGGGCCGAGCGGGGCCGGGGCUGGCUGGGCUACACGUUCGUGCGGGAGUUCAGUAAGGACUUGUAGGGUCGGGGCAGAGGGUCGGCUCCGGAGGGAAUCCCCCCGAGAGGGCGGGGUGAUGGCGAGGGGCGGUGACGAUCGUGGUGUUUUGUUCAGCGCUCGUUAUUAUUACGCUUCAAGCCCCGGGGUAGAUUCAGUACGAUCGGACAAUAACGAUAGUAGCAAACAUGGGGUUUGUUAAGUGCUUACUAUGUGCCGGGCGCUGUACUAAGCGCCGGGGUGGAUGAGAGCGAG